UGUUCUGCUUGGGAGUCCUAAGACAAGUUUCUCCGGAGACAGGCAGACAUUCCCGUGAGCCAUCUGGUGCCCACCAUCGGGGCCCAGAGAGAACUCCAGGGAUGGCGUUUGGGAAGUGUCCGGGGCUGGCUCAGCCAGGCAGGGCAGCAGGCAGUGGCGUUUAGUUGCCAGUGCUUAGUUCACUAGUGGCAAAGGCAGAACAAGGGGCUGUUUGUGCCAAAUUUAGCUCCUUGUGAGUGAUGCCAGGGCUGAGCCUGUCCAUCCUAGUGCAUGUGAUCGCCCAGACAUGGGUGCAGACCUAGUGGUGUCCUGCAGCAAGUGGGGACACCUUUUAUCUCUAGCUCAUCCCCGUGGUGGUGGCGGCCAGGACAGGUGGGCACGUGUCUGGACAGAGGACUGAGGUGAAGGUGGAGCCUCCCUUGCACGCUCUGCUGGUGCCUGGCGGUGGGCAGCAGCAUGGCAAGGGGUAAACCCAGGUGCUCCACUGACUGCAUGGUAGGACUGGGAGCCCUCACAGACAGUCAGGGUCCCCUGCCAGGAAGGCCGCCCCAUGGCUGACAUCUGGGUAGGAGGGCAGCCUGCCUGCACAGGCAGGCACAUUGGGCUGUGCCCAGCCUGGGUAUGGCAUUACAGUGCUAAGAUCCUUGGAAAAAUGGGAGAGCUGUUGGUUCUGGGCACAGCUGUGCCAGGCAAAGCCAUGGGGCAGUGGUGCUCUGGGCAGGAGGCUUGGCUGCCCCUGCCUUUCUCCCUCCUAAGGUGACAUUUUGUCCAGGGGUAGUGGAAUGCCUCCUGAGCCCUGCCCAGCAUUAGGGCUGGAAAGUGGUGCCCAGGGGCAUAUGCACAAUGACUGACCUGCUAGGAAGCCAUGUGUGCUCCCUGGCACUGAGGUCUGGCUGCUGCCCAAAACUGGUCGUGCAGGCACUUUGAACAGAGGUCAUUCCCUGGCCAGGCUGGGAGCAACUGGGCAGGGUGAAGAGCCCAUGGGCAGGGUGGGUGCAGGAGCCUCAGCAUGGGGCCAGGUUAGCUCUGCCGUGCAGGUGGCUAUAGGGUCUUGCCGCAUCCACACUGGGGCAUGGGGCACCCCAGGUCCUGCCCCAUGCACCUGCAUGCCCUGUGCUACUUCCACCAUGGAGAAGCAGCUCCAGUCGCUUGCCAGCCCUGUGGUGUGGAGUUGGCAAUCCCUGGCCAUUGCAGAGGCAGGAUGGGCAGAGAUCAGUGCUGGCAAUGGACACUGCCUAGCCCAGCCGGGCACUGCUUGUCCCAGGGCUGCCAGGACUGCACCUACCAGCUAGGGCAGAGGGCAUGGGCCCGGAUCUCAUGUGCUGGCAGCACCAUGGCUAUACUUCCUCUAAGCACAGCAAUACAGGGUGCCAGGUUCAUUUUGGUUGUGGGUGUCAGGGAGGGUAGGCAUGUGCCAGGGCUCAGCACUUCUACUGUUGUCUCCUAUGUGCACAUAGGGUGGGAUAGCAUCCUUUGGGCAUUGAAAUCACCACGGGUGCCCAGACAGGCUCAGUGUGGGGUUGGAAGCAGCAGCAGGGGGCUGGCAUCCAUGCUGGACAAAGGGCCCUUGUGCUGCCUGCGAGGGAAUCUGCUGGGAUGGGACAUUUUUCUUUCUCUCCCCUCCCUGAUGCUCUUGCUCAGAAAUUCACGCGACCAGAGAAGGGAGAAAGCCUGGCCCCACAGAUCCCUCUGUGGUGCCUGGCGCUCAGAUACCUUCUCGGAAGCCUCUUUCUCCCCUGACACGCGGUGGCCAUGGAACAUCCCUUGGGAUAUUCUGGGGGCUGUGCCCCUGCCCCCCUUGAUGCCCCUCUCUGUCACCCAGGUGGAGGAUGGGGGCAAGGCUGCACUGUCCCGCCGGCUGCAGCCAGGUGAUGAGCUGGUGAACAUCAGCGGGACCCCACUGUACGGAUCCCGCCAGGAGGCCCUCAUCCUCAUCAAGGGCUCCUACCGCACUCUGAAGAUGGUUGUUCGCAGGAGGAACGUGCCCGUCUUCCGGCCCCAUUCCUGGCACGUGGCCAAACUUGCCGAAAGCCGCCCAGACGUCCCCACCAUGCACUGCCCGGCUGAUGCCUUCAGCUUCUCCUGGCCUUCAGGGUGUGAUGUCAGCACUGACCGGAGCAGCUCCAUCGGGAGCAUGGAGAGCCUGGAUCAUCCCAGCCAGGCCUGCUAUGAAGGAGACCCCUCACCCGUUGACCAGGGCAUGUACCACAGCAAGCGGGACUCGGCGUACAGCUCCUUCUCUGCCAGCUCCAUUGCCUCUGACUGCGCCCUCUCUCUCCGUCCUGAAGAGGCCGUGUCCAUUGAUUCCAGCCUCCAAGGCCCCCGCAAAGCCCCUGACAGGCACUACCUGACCACAGGGGCUGAGCCAUCUGCCAGCUGGCACCCUGAGGCGUGGCGGGCACCAGUGCCCCCCCAGCCCCCUGUCAGGAGGGACAGCCUGCGAGCAGCCCCAACUGGCAGAGGGGACAAGUGCCAGGCCUCAGUGUCAGUGGAUAUGCUGCAUGCCAAGGGCCGGUGGAUCUCUGACACCUUCCUCUGCCAGCGGGAUGGGGAAGCAGAAAUAGUGGGCAGGAGGAAACUGGAGCCAUACCCCACAAAAGACUGUCUCUCUGCUGACCAGUAUUACAUGCUGAGCUCCCACCCGGACCGUUGCCCAGCUGAGCCACUCCUGGGGGAGAGCAUGGAGUCUGACAACCAGCCAUACGUGGAUGACAGCAUGCACCAAGUGCCUGAUGCCACAACAGCAGGUGACAACCCAUUGCUGUCCCCUCUCAAGGGCCACGUGUCGCACCGUCACAGUGCUCCCGAGCAACUGCUGGCCUCCCAGUUCCGCUCUCUCCAGCUGGGCACCAACAGCGGGCGAGCCUCUCCAGCCCCCGGUGGGCAACACUGGACCUUGUCUCCGCUGCAUCCUGAGGGCAGCCGAGGGGGAACCACAGGGGCUGCCCAGGAUCCCCCGCUCUGCCCAGAGCCUGGCUGCCGCCCACCACCCUGCCGCUGCUGCCCUGAGCUGCAGCAAGCCUGCGGGCAGGAUGGCCGGGGGGCAAGCCCAGUACUCAGCACUGAGGGGCCAGUGGAGGAGGAGAGCCGGGGAGGGGCCCGGCGGGCUGGAGGUCCUCCCCACCGCUCUGCUCAGAUGCGCCGCCGCAGCGACCGCUUUGCCACCAGCCUGCGCAACGAGAUCCAGCGGCGCAAGGCCCAGCUGCAGAAGAGCCGGGGUCCUGGUGCACCUCUGCCUGGUGAGGAGCCAGUGGAGGAAACUGAGGAGCCCCCAGAGGGCAGUGUACUGGCAGAGCGACAGCCUGCCCUGUCUGGGUGUCUCAGCCCCGCGCCGAGUGAGGAGAGCAGGAACUCUGGCCGCUCUGCAGAUCGGGGCAUCCCCACUCCUGACCCAGCCCCUAAAGGGCCCUUGUCCCCUGAGCGGGUGGUGCCAACAGCCAGGGGCCGCUGGCGCUGGUCCCCGGAAAACAAGCUGCAGCCACAACACUCGCCCAGCCACAGUGAACUGGAGGGCUACAGCCAGGGCCCGGCGGCCUGCAGCUCCCCACCACCACGGGGCAGCGACGAAGCAGUCCUGCUGCCCUUUGCCGACCGCCGCCGGUUCUUUGAGGAGAGCAGCCGACUGACACCACCCCGGCACAGCAAGCCACCAGCAGGUGAUCCCAGCACCUUCCAGCCCCCUGGCCCUGAGCACCGGGAUGUCCGCCGCCUCUCUGUGGACCAGCCCUACAGCCCACCCUCACCCAGCCGCCCUGGCUCCGCUGGCCCCUAUGCUGAGUGCUGCCGGGAGCAGCCCCACUGCUACAAGCCACUGGGGAGGCCAGGGGAGCUGGAUUACCUGCGGGGCUUUUCCUACCCCUACGGGGUUCCCCUGCGCCCUGAGCCCUACCACUACUGUGGAGGGGACCUGUGCCCGCCACCACGGCCCCGUGGCCACACAUGCCGCUGUCACCCUGUGUCCUGGGUGCGCUGCCCUGACUGCUGCUACCCAGCUACCCAUCCUGGGCGAGAGGAGAGUGAUGCCUGGCCCCUCCGGAGAGCUUUCGUCCCAGAAUUUCCUCAGGGUGAGUGGGAACCACCUUCAGUCACCAGGAAAGUCAGCCAGUCCAUCAGUGAGCUCUCCAGCUACCCGCCCGGUUUCCCAAGGCUUGGCCCAUUCCACACCUGCCUUGAGAGCACUGAGCCAGAGUGGCCACCCUGCUACCGGGCCACAUCCACGCAUGACCUUUUGUGGGAUAGUGACCGCCUGGCCCACACUCCUGAGAGUCCCCCGGAUCCGCUGCACCGCCCACUAAGGGGCAGAGCCUUCUCUGAGAGCCAUCUCAACCUGGAACCUUCCAGCCCCUGGGGCUGUGACCAGAAGGACCUUUUCCGUGCCAAGCUGGACCCUCCCAGCAUCCCCAAAAAGAAGGGCCCCCCACCUCCCCGCCCACCUCCGCCCAACUGGGAGAAGUACAGACAGCGUCGGGCAUCCCAGCACCCGCCAGAUGGUGCUGGGCGUGGCUCUGCCUUCUCUGCUGCCCCAAUGCCAACCCGCAGCAUUGCUGAGGCAGUGAGGGAGCGGUCACAGAGCCUCACCGGGGAGCAGAAAGGCCAGUCCUGGGGGCACACUGCUUGCCCCCCUGCUCCGUCAGGUGCCUGGCCCCGACCUGAGGCCCCCAGAUCACUCCGCAGGACUCCUGGGCCUGAUGCUGCCAAUGCUGAAAUUUGCAGGGUGUCAGGAGCCGGGGAGAAGCGGACAAAGAUGAAGCGGUCUGGGGAGAUGGAGGAGCAGCCCCAAAGGCUCAUCCAGAACCAGGAGCAAGACCGUGCCAGUCCCCGUGGGGUGGGUGAGUGCUCCCUGUCCCUGCAUUGUGGCUCUUGCCCUGCCCUGCCGGAGGCACUUAAGCCCAGUUCUGGGGCAGUGGAGGGGGUGAGCUGCCAGGGCAGCUGGCCCCAGCCCCGCUGCAUGGACUCUGAGGAACGACUGUGGGACGUGGCUGUCAGGGACCAUUCCCUGGCCAGUGUCCUGGCCCCCUUGGCUUCCCCUGGCACCGCCAGUGAGGUGAUGGGUGAGCUGCUGGUGGCUGGGGAGCGACCGGCCUGGCGGAAGUGUCUCCAGCAGGACUGGCACCUGGAGGCCCUGGCACAGGACAGGCAAGGUUUUGAGCCCAUCUCGCUGCCUCCCAGGAGUGCUGCCAGCUCCAGUUCCUUCCCAGUGCACUUUGGUGUUGCAGUGGGCAAAACUGAGCCACUCAACAAGGUAAAGGCGCUGCCGGAGGUAGUGGAGGGGAGCUCGGAGGAUGAGGAGGAGGAGGUGGACCAUGAGCUAGUGGAAAAGAAGCGCCCCUACGCCUCCGUGCCAGUCCCCCGAUCCCAUGGGGAGUGGCCCCAGUUCCCCCUGACCCCUUUGCUCUGGCAGCUGCAGCUGAUCGAGAGUCUGAGCCGCAAGCUGGUGGUGCUGCAGGAGGCACAGCGGGGGCUGCAGGAGGACAUUAGUGCCAAUGGGGCACUGGGUGAAGAUGUGGCUGCUCGCCUGCAAGCCCUCUGCACCCCAGGGGAGUUCGACAAGUACCGCCUCUUCGUGGGUGACCUGGACAAGGUGGUCAACCUCCUGCUCUCCCUCUCGGGUCGCCUGGCCCGGGUGGAAACUGCCCUGGGCAGCCUCGGGCCACACGCCCCUGCUGAGGACAAGCUGGCCCUGCGGGAGAAGCAGCGGCUGUUGGUGGCACAGCUGGAGGAUGCCAAAGAGCUGAAGGAGCAUGUGGGGCGGCGUGAGGAGGCAGUGGGUGCCAUGGUGGCACGGUACCUGCCCCCUGAGCACCUCCAGGACUACCAGCACUUCGUCAAGAUGAAGUCAGCCCUCAUUGCUGAGCAGAGAGAGCUGGAAGAGAAGAUCAAGCUGGGCCAGGAACAGCUCAGGUGCCUGCGUGAGAGCCUUGGCCAGGCCUCCAAGGACUGCUAGCCCCCCUACCCAGUCUCCCUCUGGGAUCCUGGCUGUGAUCCCAGAUUGCUACCAAAGAGGAUCCAGCCCCUUGUGGAUUCUCCCUGUGUCUGUUCAUCUGUCCAGCCCCUGCCUUUUAUUUAUUUUUCUGAUUUACCAAGCAGGGGAGGGGGUUGCCAGUCCAGGUGCUGACAGGAGUUGUGCCACAGAGCCGUCAUGGGCUCUGGCCAUUCAGCAGCCUGUGGCCCAGCAAGACCAGAUGGAUGGAUGCUACCACCAUUCUCAUGGGUCUUUCUGUGCCUAUGAGGUCCCUCUAGCUUGUCCUGGACACCAGUGCCUGUCUUGUAUCUGGUGCUGCACCACAUGCCUUAAACAUCCCCCAGCUACUAUUCAUGCAGCAUCUGAAAGGGUUAAACCGUGCUCACCGGCUGUCCUGUCUGUUUGCCCAGCUCUGUCCAUCUGUGGGGGGGGGGGAACUGAAGGAAUUUCAGCCCCAGCAUCCUCUUCCUCCUCAUUGUGUCAGAAACAAUGGUCCCGGCCAGCAGAUUCUUAACCCACUCCCUGCUGGCUGAGGGACCACAGGGGGCCGAGGUGAGUGCCAGUAGGUGUUGUGUACCUGUGUCUUGGGAUGGUACCCUGCCAGGGCAUGGAUGCUGGGACAAAUACACUGAGGCCUGCACUACUCUCUGUCACCAAUGCUGUGGGCAUGGAGACAACUCAGCCUCAACCAGCCCUCACCUGUAGCUUCUAGCUCAACACCAGGAUUAAUAGAGGAAAAACCACAUUAAGGACAAAACGGGGUACGUGUCCCCUCCUUUCUGCUGUAACAGCCACAAAUAGCACUUAGAUUUCACCCUUGCCACUGUCCACCUGUCUCCAUGGCAUGAGCAGGUGCCUUCAUACUGAUUUUGCGCAGGGGUUUAAUGCAACCAGCAGGAGCUUGGGGCAGGGGGGUAAACGUUUUGGGAGGCACGUAGGCAGCAGCGCUUUGGUGUGGCCCCAUAGCUGGACAACCCAGCCCAGGGUUCAGGCAGCAUCCAUGCCUGCCUGUGAGCUCCAGCAGCAGCCCUGCUGUGUUGUUGCCCCUGCUCUGGGCUACCCUUUAGCCUGUUAAACACUACACUUCACACUUGCCUGGCUGUACUGUGGGAUGGUGCCUGGCAGGAGUGGGGUCCUCAACAUUCCCUCCAUCUCAACGACCCCAGAAUCAUUGCUAGGACCAAAGACUGCACCCCCUGGUGGCCAUGCUGCUUUCGUGGUGGGGUUCAGCAGCCCUGCCUGCAUGUUGCUGCAUGCCAUUGUAUCUCUAACAGUAAAGCAGCAGCAGGAGCUGCACUUCUGUUCCAGCUGUCUCUUGCAUGGUUUGUCCCUGUGCCCCAACAAGUGGCACUGGAGCAGAGAGAGGGUAAUUACUCCAGCUGGGAUGAAUCAAGGCUUAGCAAGCUCUUGGAAGCUGAAUGCCCCCGUGGCCCAGGGGGCACCUGAA